GAAAUGCAAAUAUGGCAGAGGAUAGCAGAGUUCCGUUGUUUAAUUCUCCCACAUCAUUGAAUGCUCCAGGCACUGCAUUUACUCCACCAAAGUUGUUGAAUGUGCCAGAGUACGGCCACUCAACUGACACUCUCAACAAUGACAACUGUUGUGGAUGCAGUCGUUGGUCUUGCUCCAUGAAAAAGAAGAACAACAGCAGAGCUAACAACAGACCAUCACUACAACUACAACAGAAUGUUAGGAAAGAUUUAUUUUCAACUGGUCUCAGACUGGAUAGUCUUACACUGGCUGGUCCCACACCGACUGAUGAGGAUGUAACCACUCCAGCUCCUAAGGGUCGAAUUCAAAGUAGAGCAGACCACAUGAGUAAGAACAACAACAGUGAAGCUUCCUCAUUAUCUUCAUACUCAACUAACACUGACUUAGAUCUGGCCACAGCAAAUAUAGACUUCAUUAAUUAUUACUUUGAAAACCAAAAAUCUCAGGAAUCAGAUACUCCUUAUUGUAACAUUAAUAACACUAACAUUCGCAAUUGUAAUAAUACUGAAAUCUCGCUUCGAGCAGACAGGACAUUAGUAAACCUAAGAGUUCCUAAUUAUGAAUCGACAGUUCCUGCAAACUCGCCAUCAACAAGUUUUCGGGGAGCACCGAGUGACAUUUCACCAAACACUGAUUCACUACUUUCAUCCGAAACUGAUGAUGGCUCGGAAAAUAUCGCAGGUAAUAAUUUAUACGAUAGUUCCCCAAACAUCAACAACAGUAAUAAAAAUAGAAAAACUAUUAUAAGCCACAAGAAGAUUGUCGCGACUGGCAUUAAAAUAAAAAAGAAAACUUCCCUUUUCAGAAAUAACAGUCAAAAAAUCAAGGUAAAAAAAAAUUCUACGCCUAAAAGUAGUGCAAAAAAAAUUCAAAGCAGUAAAUUUAAAAAGGCUUCAAAAUGUGGUAAGAAAAUCAUAAAUAGGAUAAUCCACAGUCGAAGUGGCAGUUCAGCUGAGGAAGCAGUUAAUCCGCCCAUCCCUAUCAUCGAGAGGUCGUCUGAAAAAGUGUCACUAUGGUUACAACAAAUGAGUAGACAGCAAGAGUUGCCUCAAAUACCCGAACAACAUCAGCAGCUACCACAACAUCAGCAGCAACCACAACAUCAGCAGCUACCACAACAUCAGCAGCAACCACAACAUCAGCAGCAACCACAACAUCAGCAGCAACAGAAACAGAAUCCUGGCUAUGCACAACAACAGCAGCAAAAACAAAAGGACACUAAAAAAAGACUUCAUCAUGAGGAAAAACAAACAGAACAAUGUAAUCUAUAUGAAAACAUAAACUUAUAUAGAACAGAUAACAAAAUGGCACCUACUCUUCAGACUUACGAUGAAAGUUAUAUUCUACAAAAAACAGUUCAGACACCAGGCCUGCAACAACGACUGCAGAAACAACACGAAGAACAACGACGAAUCGUCACUUCUGUUCUGUCGAACCCAACACAGGCAUGCCACUUUCUUCAUCCCCGCCAUCCACUUCGUCCUAAUCCUCCAUCUUAUCAGUUCGCGGCUGCUGCAUAUCCCUAUUUAGGCCAUAGUCAACUGCAGCAACGGCAGCAGCUGCAACAUUUCUUGCAAUGUCAGCAGCAACUACAGCAACCGCACUAUGCUCGCCAAUUCAAUGCGCAACAUCAUUACAACAAGUCAACUUCACUCUUUAAAACUUAUAAUAAUAAUUUCCAAGUCAUAAAUAAUAGUAAUUACAUUAAUAAUUUUCAAAAACAUUUUAAUUAUGACGACAACUAUGAUAACGAUGGUGAUUUAAAUGAUGAAACACAAAUAAAUACGGAUGCCAUGGACAGUGAUUCAUUCCUGGACAGCACCCUGCAUUUCAACAGUCUUGCUGAUGGUGAUGAUGACGAUGAUGGUGGCGGUCGUCUCAAUGGUGCUAAUGUUUAUAAUGGCUACCGUCAAUCCUUAACGAAUGACCUAAGAAAUUUUCAAUGCACUACAAACUUCAGAAAAAACAAGAAAAAAUUCUUGGAGCGAUUUCCAUCACCUAAUUUAAGUAGCAAGUAUAAGAUCAUUGGUGACAAAAACAUUAAAAUCGACGACGAUGACGACGACUACAGCGAUGGCGAUGAUAACGUCCUGGAUAUUAGCAUGAUCGAGCACGACCCCAGCAACGGUUUCCACAACAACGUGACUCUCAUCUCAACGACGACGCCGAACGAUAGCCACAGUAGCGAGUAUGCAGCCGCAGCAGCAAGCAGCAGCAGCAACAACAACAGCAGGAACCAGAAUCGUCACAACAGCACCAGUUUCCAUCCACGCAAACAACAUCAACAUCACUUGACUCGUCAGAGAUCGUACUGCAACCACAAAUACCGUCGCAGGUACAACCAUCUUAACCAUAGUAAAACUUCAUCUAGGGGUGCCACCAAAAGACAAGUUAGGAGACCUGAUCUUCAGCUGCAAAUGUCAGAUCGACUUUCUGGAGUUUAUCCUUCUCUUCUUACUAACAAUAACAUCAUCAUCAACAAUAACAUCAUCAACAACCAUAACAGCAUCUACAACUUCGGCAAUGAUGAGAGUAGCAUCUAUGUUAACAACAAUAUCCUUGCCAACAGCGAUGACAAUAAUUAUGUUAACAUUGAUAACUCUCAUGUGUGCAACGUCAGUGGUAAUGUGGUAAGUAGUAGCGGCAGCGGAAGUAGAAACGGUGGCGGUAUCCGCAGCAGCCACAGAAGCCAGAGGAAUAGCAACAACAACGGCAAAAAUACGUCAAAAACGGCAACAAAUAGGAGACUAGUCUCGAAGCGUUUAGUUCAGGUGAGUAGGUACCUGAAGAGAAAAAGUAGGAUGAGUCGAAGGGACAUUAUGUCGUCUUCACUAACGUCUGUAUCCAAAGACGUCAAAACACUGGCUGUUUUUUAGAGUUGUUUAUCAGUUAGUGACUAGGAAUUAUGGUUCGUGUUGAUUAGUGAUUAGAUUUCAUUGCUUAGAAGGAUUGAAUUUUCGACAAUUACUUUUUAUAUUUGGAUAUAUAUAUAUAUAUAUAUAUAUAUAUAUAUAUAUAUAUAUAUAUAUAUAUAUAUAUAUA